AUGGCACCCGUUCUUACCCAUCCUGCCGGCGUGUCCUUCAUUGACGACCAGGCAAGCAGACCCGUCAAUGUCGACGCUGCCACUUAUUAUGGCGGCGGGGAGUCAUUCACUCGUUCCCGGACGUACAGUCACGUAGGUUUCAGCAUCAUUGCCGUCCUCGAGGAAGUAUUCACCUGGUUCCAGUCUCAUAUCCAUGGCUACAAGCCUAAGCGAGCGCCGGCCUUUGAGGAGGACUGGCACUUGAGACCGCGUCGUAUGUCUCAUGACGAGAAAGCCGUCACCGCACCUAGGCGCUUCCUAAUCGACGUCGAGGAGACCAUUCGAGUUGUUCUGGAGCAGGAGGAUACGGACGGAGAUUUUCAGAUAAGUGUCACCGACGCUGGUCCAAAGAUGAUGGCGUUGGGAACGGCGACGAGCAAUGGUUUUAAGACAUUUGAUAUUCGGGGCACAUACAUGCUGUCGAAUCUGCUACAAGAGCUUGCUCUCGCACGCGACCACAACAGAAAGAGAAUCGUUCUUGACGAAGCUAGGCUCACCGAGAAUCCUGUUGACCGUCUGUCACGUAUGAUCAAGAACUCGUUCUGGCACUCCCUAACGCGGCGUAUUGAUGGUGACGGUCUUGAAAUUAUUACUGCUGAUCCAAAGAACCGCACCAGUCGAUCCAACCCUCGAAUUUACGUUCCCUACGGCGAACCCGCCAUGGCCGAAUAUUACCGCAAGGUCGCUAAAGAGAAGCCACAUAUGAAUCUCGAUGUACAGGUUCUCCCAGAGAAGCCUGACGAUCCCGCUUUCGUCAAAAGCUUAAAUUCUAAACCCGGCAUCCUCGCCUUGGCAAUGAACGAAGUGGAUGAUGGCAAGGGCGGAAAAACCUUGAAAGGUAUUCCUUUCAUCGUUCCUGGUGCACGGUUCAACGAGCUCUACAACUGGGACUCGUACUUCAUAUCUCUGGGACUCCUCGUCGAUGGCCAGGUGACAAUGGCGAAGGGCAUGGUUGACCAUUUCAUCUUUGAAAUCCGGCAUUACAACAAGAUCCUAAACGGCAGCCGAAGCUACUACCUUUGCCGUACACAGCCACCAUUCCUUACCGACAUGGCUCUUCAGAUCUACAACCAGCUCGACCAAUCUGACGUUGAUGGCAACAGAGCUUGGCUGAAACGCGCUAUUCAAGCAGCCAUCAAGGAGUAUCACACUGUGUGGGUUGCGGAGCCCCGCAUGGAUCCUAAAACUGGACUGUCGCGCUACCGCCCAGAUGGCCUCGGUAUACCUCCCGAGACAGAAGCGUCUCAUUUCACUCACAUCCUCGAGCCCUAUGCUGAGAAGCAUGGCCUUUCUAUCCUGGAGUUCAGCGAAAAAUACAACGACGGAACGUUGAAGGAGCCUCAGUUAGACGAGUACUUUUUGCAUGAUCGUGCUGUUCGCGAAUCUGGACACGACACUACGUAUAGGUUUGAAAAACGAUGUGCGAAUCUUGCGACUAUCGACCUGCAGGCGUUGCUGUACAAGUACGAGGUUGACAUCGGAACUGCAAUUCGAGAGGUGUUUGAUGACGAGCUUGAGUUGGAGGAGGAUUUCCCCUUGUCGCCAUUCCCUCCUUCGGUGGAAGCGUAUGCAAAUCCAAGAAGGGAAAGUUCGCGCAGGAGGGCUCAGCAGAGCGAUGAGUGGUUCAAGAGGGCGGCGUUCCGGAAGGAGAUGAUUGACAAGUACCUCUGGAACGAAACGAAGAGUCUUUACUUCGAUUACGAUACGGUUAAAGAGAAGCAGAUAUUGUAUGAGAGUGUGACAGCGUUUUGGUCCCUUUGGGCUGGCUGUGCCAGUGAAGAGCAGUGUCGGAAGCUCGUAUCCCAUUCGUUGAAGAAGUUCGAGGUCCUGGGUGGUGUCGUGUCAGGAACCGAAGAGUCACGCGGGAAGAUUUCUUUAGACCGGCCUAACCGACAAUGGGAUUAUCCUUAUGCAUGGCCUCCUCACCAAAUCGUGCUUUGGGUGGGGCUAGAACGAUAUGGAUACCUCGAGGAAGCGCAACGGCUAGCCUACCGUUUCCUCUAUAUGAUGACCACUGCCUUCGUUGAUUUCAAUGGAGUUGUUCCCGAGAAGUUUGAUGCGGUCAAGCUAUCACACCUAGUAGAUGCGGAGUAUGGCAAUCAGGGCAUUGACUUCAAGAUGGUGCCACGUGAAGGUUUCGGUUGGAUGAACUCUGCCUAUCAAGUUGGCUUGUCGUUCUUGACGACACACAUGCGUAGGGCUGUCGCUGCGUGCACCAGUCCUGAGGUCUUCUUCGGCGCAUCCCCCGGAAUCGAUUCUGUCAUCGCAAACAGAAACGUGCCUAUGACUGAUCCUCUCGGUCUGGCCAUGGAUGCCCUUGAUAUCGAUAUCGGGUCGCAGUAA